GCCCGUAGCCGGCGUCCCCAACAUGGCGGCUCCCCAAGAUGUCCACGUACGGAUCUGUAACCAAGAGAUCGUCAAAUUCGACCUGGAGGUGAAGGCGCUUAUCCAGGAUAUACGUGAUUGUUCAGGACCCUUAAGUGCACUUACUGAACUAAAUACUAAAGUGAAAGAGAAGUUUCAACAGUUACGGCACAGAAUACAGGAGCUUGAGCAGUCAGCUAAAGAGCAAGACAAAGAGUCGGAAAAGCAACUUCUACUUCAGGAAGUGGAGAAUCACAAAAAGCAGAUGCUCAGCAAUCAGACCUCAUGGAGGAAAGCUAAUCUCACAUGCAAAAUUGCCAUCGACAACCUAGAGAAAGCAGAACUUCUCCAGGGAGGAGAUCCCUUAAGGCAAAGGAAAACCACCAAAGGGAGCCUGGCCCAGACAUCCAGCGCCAUCACAGAGAGUCUCAUGGGAAUCAGCAGGAUGAUGUCCCAGCAGGUCCAGCAGAGCCAGCAAGCCAUGCAGACUCUAGUUAAUUCGUCACGAACGAUUCUGGAUGCAAAUGAAGAAUUUAAGUCUAUGUCAGGGACCAUCCAGCUCGGCCGGAAGCUCAUCACAAAGUAUAACCGAAGAGAGCUGACGGACAAGCUUCUCAUCUUCCUUGCUCUAGCCCUUUUUCUUGCUACGGUCCUCUAUAUCAUGAAGAAGCGGCUCUUUCCGUUUCUAUAAAUCUGAGAGCUGCCAGCUUUGGCCCUUUUAGCUCCUGUUUCGGAUCUAUCCACGCUCCUGAGCUCUGGCCCAGGCACCAAACAGAGCUACACCCACCCCAGUUUGCUCCAGUUGCUCCACAGGUUGCAUGGAAACACAGCGCCCCAGUUUUCUGCAAGUGGCUGGCUUGUAAAGAGUGAGCAGAGCAAUGAGAGGGAGGCCUGUCUUCAGGGACGCCUAUGGGACACAAGGACUCCAAGCUCACCGCUGAGCGGUCGCACACUGUUGGAGGCUGCGGUGUGGAGCACUUAGGGUCCAGGCCCUGGGGCUUGUCUGGGGUUUGAUGCUCUUCCUUGCUUCCUCUCCUGCUGAGGCCUUAUGUGCCAGAUAAGGUGGAGGGAGGAGAGAAGAGAUGGGAAGAAGGAUGAUGAAAAUUCAUGGUCGUUCCUUGAAUAAAAUUGAUUGUAUUUAACAGAAUGAAAUGCCUUUUGCAAGGUAUCCCUCUAGGAA